ACGAGAGUGCCCCUCCGCCCGCUGGAUUUCUUUUCCAAUAUACCACUCUUGUCCCCCAUCUGCUGCUCCUCCUCUCCAACCCGCCUCGCCCAGCGCCGCCGGACAUGGCCGGCUCCGACGACGACGAGGCGGCGGCGCCGAUCCACCGCCUGCCGUCCGACGCGCUGCACAACGUGCUGCUGCGGCUGCAGCUGCGGGACGCCGUGGCGUGCCGCCCCGUGUCGCGCCUCUUCCGGGAGGCCCUCACGGCGCCGUUCCUCGCGCUGCUGCCGGCGCUCCGCCUGCUGCUGCUCCGCCACCCUCGCCCGGAGGGCGGGGGAUGCCUCCACGCCUUCGACCCCGACCGCCGCUGCUGGCUCCGCCUCCCCUUCACCUCCUUCCUCCCCCACCAGGCCUUCUCCCCCGUCGCCUCCUCCGGCUCGCUCCUCUACCUCUGGAUCGAGACCGGCCCAUCCCCCGCGCCCCUCCCUUCCUCCUCCUCCUCAACGUCGUCGCCCGCAGCCCACCCGCCCAAGGCGCUCGCCGUCUGCAACCCGCUGGCGGGCACCUACCGCCUGCUGCCCCCGCUCGGAUCCGCCUGGGCGCGCCACGGCACCGUCCUCGCGGGGCCCGGCGGCGUCGUGCUCGUCCUCACCGAGCUCGCCGCGCUCUCCUACUCCCCGUCCGAGGGAUCUGGCAAGUGGAUGAAGCACCCCCUCUCGCUCCCCUCCAAGCCGCGGAGCCCCAUCCUGGCCGCCGGCGCCCGCGCCGUCUUCGCGCUCUGCGACGUCGGCACACCCUGGCGCAGCCAGUGGAAGCUCUUCUCCUGCCCGCUCGCCAGGCUCACCGGCGGCUGGGCGCCCGUCGAGCGCGCCUCCUGGGGCGACGUAUUCGAGAUCCUCAAGCGCCCCCGCCUGCUGCCCGGCGCGGGGGGCCGCCGCGUCCUCAUGAUCGGCGGUCUCAGGUCGUCCUUCGCCCUCGAUGCGCCUUGCUCCACGGUGCUCAUCCUCCGGCUGGAUCUGGCCACCAUGGAGUGGGACGAGGCUGGCCGCAUGCCCCCCAAUAUGUACCGCUGCUUCACUGGCCUCUGCGAGGCUGCUGCGCAGGGAAGCGCCAUGCCCCCCGCCCCUGUUACCGGGGGCAACAACAAGGUAAAGGUGUUUGGGGGUGAUGGCAAGGUGUGGUUUGGCGGAAAGCGCGUUCGCGGGAAGCUGGCAAUGUGGGAGGAGGACGACGUAGGGAGCAGCGGCGGCAAGUGGGACUGGGUGGACGGUGUUCCUGGAUAUGGCGAUGGUGUAUACCGCGGCUUUGUGUUCGAUGGUGGGUUCACAGCAAUGCCGUGACCCCGUGAAGGCUGAUGGAAAAAAGAUAUCCCAGACUGGUGCGUAUCCGAUCAACUAAUGGUUUUCCAUUGAUCCGGGACAUCCAUCGACUGCCUCAAGAGGAAUUGAUAUCUCCAUACAUUUUAUUUACAUCGUACUUGGUUCUUAGCUUGAUGAAAUACUUCAGUUGUUGUACUUAAUGAACAUGAAAUGAUCUGUUGGUUCGUUGUUUCAGACAUUGAAAUGAUGCAGACUGUUCUAUGUUUAGACGAUAAAAUGUUAUAUGUCGCAUUUAUAGGAACACGAUUUUAGUGUGUUUAACUGGUAA